AUGGUGAAACGCAAAAGCCUGGACGAUGGCGAGCCAGAGUGCGGGAAAGGCGUACCGUUCCCCAUCCAGACGUUCCUAUGGCGGCAGACCAGCGCGUUUCUGCGACCGAAGUUGGGCAAACAGUAUGAAGCAUCGUGCGUGUCGUUUGAGCGCGUGCUGGUGGAACAUAAGCUCCACGGCCUGUCUCCGGCUCUCUCUGAGGCCAUCCAGAGCAUCUCUCGCUGGGAGCUGGUGCAGGCGGCGCUGCCCCACGUGCUCCACUGCACCGCCAUCCUGCUGUCCAACAGGAACAAGCUGGGGCACCAGGACAAACUGGGCGUGGCGGAGACCAAGCUUUUGCACACGUUACACUGGAUGUUACUGGACGCGCCGCAGGAGUGCGCCCAGGAGCCCGGCCUGGGUCACGGGGGCGGGGCCUUCCUUCAGCCCGUAGGGGGCGGCAGCGGCAGCGGCGGGGGGUACCUCCAGCCCGCGGGGAACCAGGCCGGACCCCCCGGCUCUGGGUCGGGCUCCGGGUCGGCUCUGGGGGGGUCCGGAGCCCAGUACGGCGGCUCUCUCCUGGAGGACGACGAACAGACUCGGACCAAACUGUUCCAGAAGAGCAUGGCCACUGUGGAGUUGUUUGUGUUCCUGUUUGCUCCUCUCAUCCACCGCAUCAAGGAGUCAGACCUGACGUUCCGUUUGGCCAGUGGUUUGGUGAUUUGGCAGCCCAUGUGGGAGCACAGACAGCCGGACAUCCCGGCCUUCACCACACUCAUCAAACCGCUCAGGAACAUCGUCACAGCCAAGAGGAACUCCCCGAUCAACAACCAGUGCAGCCCUCACGGAUCUGGCAACCCUGCUCCCAUGGGCUUCCAGGUGGUCUGCGAGGCCGUCCAAUCUGAUUCGUCCUCCCCCGCCUCCGGAGAGCAGAGCUGUCGCCGCGGUAACUCGGUGGAAAAGGGCGGCCCCUCCCAGCUGCCCUCAACCAUCAAGGGACCCUCCAAGAAAAAGACGUCUGCGCCCGGUGGCCUUCCCGCGUCUCUGUCCCAGCGGGCGCGUUAUGCCACCUACUUCGACGUGGCGGUGCUGCGCUGUCUGCUCCAGCCCCACUGGACGGAGGAGGGGGUGCACUGGGCGCUCAUGUACUACCUCCAGAGGCUCCGGCACAUCCUGGAGGAGAGACCCGAGCGCACCCCCGAGCCCCUGGCCACGCCCCUGCCCCGCCCACGCAGCAGCUCCAUGGUCGCGGCCGCGCCCUCGCUCGUCAACACGCACAAGACACAGGACCUGAGUCUGAAGUGUAAUGAGGAGGGAAAGUCUUUGAGCUCAGAGACCUUCGCCAAAGUGUCUCUGACCAACCUGCGGCGCCAGGCUGUGCCCGACCUGUCCACCGACCUGGGCAUGAACAUCUUCAAGAAGUUUAAGAACCGCAGGGACGACCGGGAGAGGAAAGGCUCCAUCCCCUUCCACCACACGGGCAAGAAGAGGCAGAGGAGGAUGGGCGUGCCCUUCCUCAUGCACGAGGACCACCUGGAUGUGUCCCCCACCCGCAGCACCUUCUCCUUCGGGAGCUUCUCUGGGCUGGGAGAUGACCGCAGGGCUCUGGAGCGUGGAGGCUGGCAGGCCACCAUCAUGGGUAAAUUCACUCGUCGUGGGAGCACAGACACAGCAGCAGACGCAGACAGCCUCAGUGCCAAACACUCUCACUCCCACCACUCCCUCCUCCGAGAAACCCCCGACCAGCCCAACAGCCACGGGGACAACACCGUCCGAGAGGUGCGCUCUCAGAUCUCCACCAUCACCAUGGCGGCGUUCAACACCACAGUGGCGUCCUUCAACGUGGGCUACGCAGACUUCUUCACCGAGCACAUGAAGAAGCUGUGUACGCCCGCCGUGCCCGAGAUGCCCACCGAGCCCCUGGCCUGUGCCAACCUGCCCCGCAGCUUCACUGACUCCUGCAUCAACUACUCGUGUCUGGAGGAGGGCGACAGCAUGGAGGGCACCAGCCACUUUGUGCUCAAGAACGGCAUGCUGGACCUCACUGCGGUCCUGAGAGCACUGUACGCCGUCCUGAGCCACGACAUCAGCUCCAGGAUCUGCGACGUGGCCCUGAACAUCAUCGACUGUCUGCUGCAGCUGGGCCUGGUGCCGGACAUGGGCAAGAGGCUCUCCAAGCAGGACAAGGAGAACCAGGAGGCCCGCCCCAAGGACUCGGUGGCCCAGAGCCUGAGCGGCACCUCCCAGGGCAGCAGCGGAGGGGGGGCGCCCGGGGGAGGGGGAGGAGACGGGGGAGGAGGGGGAGGCGGGGGGAGCGGGGGAGGCAGCGGACAGGGGAGCAAAGACGACAUCAAGAACAACAAGGACAAUGAUAAGAAGGAUGAGACAGCGGGCCUGAGCACACACCGGCUCGCCCUCACCAUGCUCAUCAAGAUCGUCAAGUCCCUGGGCUGUGCGUACGGCUGUGGGGAGGGCCAUCGUGGACUGUCCGGGGACCGCCUCCGCAUGCAGGCACAGAACUGCCUGACCAGCCUGUACAAACUGGACAAGCUGCAGUUCCGUCAGACAAUGCGAGAAUACGUCAACAAAGACUCUCUCAACAACAUCGUGGACUUCCUCCAUGCUCUGCUGGGCUUCUGUAUGGAGCCCAUCACUGACAACUACGGCAGUGCAGGUGAGAGGUCCCGGAGGGCGAAAAAAAGAAACAUCGACAAGGCGGGCUUUGGGAAUAACUUUGCGACGGGGGACAACAAGUCUGUGGCGCAGAACAUGGAGGCGGUGGUGGUGGGCUGCAUGUUCAAGUCCCUGAUCACACGCUGUGCCUCCACCACGCACGAGCUGCACAGCCCCGAGAACCUGGGCUUGUACUGUGACAUCCGUCAGCUGGUGCAGUUCAUAAAGGAGGCCCAUGGGAACGUGUUCCGGAGGGUGGCUCUGAGCGCGCUCCUGGACAGCGCCGAGAAGGUCACGGCCACCAAGAAGCCCGAAGACAACCAAGACAGCAAAUGCUCCGGGCCCAGGAGUGAGGAGCAGAUUCCCGGUGCUCUCUUGGGCAGGAAGGACUUUUGGAGGAAGAUGUUCAAGUCCCAGAGCGCCGCCAGCGACACGAGCAGCCAAUCGGAGCAGGACACUUCAGAGUGCACCACGGCCCACUCCGGCAACACCACGGAGCGCCGGUCCAGGUCACGCUCCAGGAGGAUCUCUCUGCGCAAGAAACUCAAACUGCCCAUUGGUAACUGGCUGAAGCGCUCCUCGCUCUCGGGGCUGACCGAUGGAGUGGAGGACCUGCUGGACAUCAGCUCGGUGGACCGCCUCUCCUUCAUACGCCAGAGUUCAAAGGUGAAGUUCACUAGUGCGGUGAAGCUGACUGAAGGGGGCGCUGCGGGCCCAGACUACGGCCGCGAGGAGGAGGAGAAUUUCUUCAAGCGCCUGGGUAAAUGGCGUUCUGGCAGGAGGAAUCCAUCCAAGCUUCACCACACAGAGGAGAAAGAUGGACCUCAUGGCUUCCAGGAGAGACUAGCUGCCAGUCAGGAGGCCAUGAAGAACAAGAACGUGGUGAACCUGGGGGCCAUCAGACAGGGCAUGAAGAGAUUCCAGUUCCUCCUAAACUGCUGUGAACCUGGGACGAUACCUGAUGCUUCCAUACUGGCUGCUGCUCUGGACUUGGAAGCUCCGAUCGUGGCUCGUGCGUCUCUCUUCCUCGAAUGUGCCAGAUUCGUCCACCGCUGUAACCGUGGCAACUGGCCCGAGUGGAUGAAGGGGCACCACGUCAACAUCACCAAAAAAGGUCUGUCCAGGGGGCGCUCUCCCAUAGUGGGCAACAAGAGGAACCAGAAACUGCAGUGGAACGCAGCCAAGCACUUCUGUCACUGGGGGGAUGCGAUCGGUACGAGGCUUAGUGAGCUGUGCCAUUCUGACAGCGAGAGUCCAGCGAAUAUCCUGGGUUAUAUUUACGACGAAGAGACCAAGAGGAGGAUGAGGAAAGAGGAUGAAGAAGAGGACUAUUUAGAUGACAACACAGUGAACCCAACCAAAUGCGGAUGCCCCUUCGCUCUCAAAAUGGCCGCCUGUCAGCUCCUCUUGGAAAUCACCACCUUCCUGAGAGAGACCUUUCCGUGUUUACCUCGUCCACGCACAGAGCCUCUUGUGGAUCUGGACAGCUGUCGUCUGCGCUUGGACCCGGAGCUCGGGCGCCAUCGCUACGAGAGGAAGAUCAGCUUCGCGGGGAUCCUGGACGACGAGGACGGACACGACUCACUGAACAGCAGCAGCCACACGCUCAAGUCUGACACCACCUGUGAAGACAAGAAGGUCCAGGAGGUGCAAGCCCCUGUUCGUAAAAUCCGUAUCGGAGGUUCCCGCUUGCUCCAGAUCAAAGGAGCUCGUAGUUUCCGUGUGAAGAAAGGAGGAUCUCUGUCUUCCAUCCGCAGAGCUGGAAGUCUGAAGAGCACCAAGAUGUCCAGACAGGACUCUGAGUCGGAGAACGAGGAGGGGCUCCUGUCCCAGACACAGAGCAGGGACACUGUCACUGAUAUAGGGAGUCCAUUUAGUGCCAGUGAACCCAGCAUUGAGCCAGAAGGUCAAAGUUCAGGAGGAGCAGAGGAUAACUACCAUCGGAACAUGUCCUGGCUGCACAUCAUGAUCCUGCUGUGUAACCAGCAGAGCUUCAUCUGCACACACAUAGACUUCUGCCACCCGCGUUGCUACCAGCACCACAGCCGCUCCUGUGCCCGUCUGGUCCGGGCCAUCAAGCUGGUGUACGGGGAGUCUGUGGACAGCCUGAGAGAGGACAGCGCCGCGCCAACUGGGCAUAUAAGCGGGCGCGUCAAGAAGACCAAAGAGUGUUCGGACAAGUCGUGCCUCAGGACCCCCUCCAUGAAGCGCCGCCCCACAGACCCCAGCACGGAGGGGAAGAAGGACACGGGCAUGCUCAAGUACAUCCGGAACCAGGUGAUGUCCCUGUCCCCCGCGCCCCUCUCCCUGCUCAUCAAGGCCGCGCCCAUCCUCACCGACGACAUGUACGGAGACAUCCAGCCCGCCGCCUGGGAACUGCUGCUCAGCGUGGACGAGCACAUGGCCGCCGCCGCUGCGGCCAUGUUCCUGCUGUGUGCGGUGAAGGUCCCUGAUGCUGUCUCAGAGAUGAUGAUGGCAGAGUUCCAGCACCAGGAGGCCUGUCAGCGCAUCAACUCCAUCCUCAAGUUCUACACUCUGUGGAGGUUCAGAUACCAGGUGUGGCCGCGCAUGGAGGAGGGCGCGCAGCAGAUCUUCAAGAUCCCUCCGCCCAGCAUCAACUUCACGCUGCCCUCCCCCAUCCUGGGCAUGCCCUGUGUGCCCAUCUUUGACCCCCCGUGGGUGCCCCAGAACACGGGCAGUGUGCAGGACCCCAUCAACGAAGACCAGUCUUACCCCACAUUAAUUCAAUCAGUCCAUACCAUAAAAUCGUUCUCGGCCCGUGCAGUGUCGCGCUCUCACCAGCGGGCCGAGCACAUCCUGAAGAACCUGCAGCAGGAGGAGGAGAAGAGGCGUCUGGGCAGAGAGGCGAGCAUCAUCACGGCCAUCCCUGUGUCCCAGGAGGCCUGCUACGAGCCCACCUGCAGCCCCCCACCCGAGCAGGAGGAGGAAGCAGAAGAAGUGGUGAACCUGGCGUCGCGCCGGCUCUCCGUGAGUCCCUCGUGUGCCUCCAGUAACUCCCACAGGAACUACUCAUUCAGGAGGGGCUCUGUGUGGUCCGUGCGCUCACUGGCCAGUGCUGAGGAUGAGGAGAACACAACUGAGCACACCCCGACUCACCACAUGCUCCAGCCCCCUCAGGCCGUCUUCCCAGCAUGCAUCUGUGCUGCAGUCCUACCCAUAGUGCACCUGAUGGAGGACGGGGAGGUUCGGGAGGACGGGGUGGCUGUGAGUGCAGUUGCCCAGCAAAUCCUGUGGAACUGUCUGAUUGAAGACCCAGCUCUGGUUCUGCGCCACUUCCUGGAGAAGCUAACUGUGAGCAACAGACAGGAUGAGCUGAUCUACAUGCUGAGGAAACUUCUGCUGAACAUUGGAGACCUCCCGGCUCAGACCUCACACAUCCUCUUCAACUACCUGGUGGGCUUGAUCAUGUACUUCGUGAGGACGCCGUGCGAGUGGGGCAUGGACGCCAUCUCCGCCACGCUCACGUUCCUGUGGGAGGUGGUGCGGUACGUGGAGGGACUCUUCUUCAAAGAUCUCAAGCAGACCAUGAAGAAGGAGCAGUGUGAGGUCAAGCUGCUGGUCACCGCCUCCAUGCCCGGGACUAAGACACUGGUGGUCCAUGGGCAAAAUGAAUGUGACAUCCCAACACAACUCCCCGUGCACGAGGACACCCAGUUUGAAGCACUGCUCAAAGAGUGUCUGGAAUUUUUCAAUAUUCCUGAAGCCCGGUCUGCUCACUACUUCCUCAUGGACAAACGGUGGAACCUGAUUCACUACUCCAAGACUUACGUGAGGGACAUCUACCCGUUCCGGAGGUCUGUGUCUCCUCAGCUCAACCUGGUCCACAUGCUCCCUGAUAAAGGCCAGGAGCUCAUCCAGAAACAGGUGUUCUCUCGUAAGCUGGAGGAGGUGGGCAGAGUGUUGUUCCUGAUCUCUCUGACUCAGAACAUGCCCGCGGUGCACAAACAGUCCCACGUGUCCCUGCUCCAGGAGGACCUGCUCCGGUUGCCCUCGUUCCCCCGCACCGCCAUCGACGCCGAGUUCUCCCUCUUCAAUGAGCCACAAGGCAAAGAGCUGUUUGGCCUGGACACCCUGCACAAGGUGCUGUGGAUCAAACUCCUGGAGGAGAUGUUUCUGGGCAUGCCCAGUGAGUACCCCUGGGGAGACGAGAUGAUGCUCUUCCUCAAUGUCUUCAACGGAGCUCUGCUGCUGCACCCGGAGGACAGCUCCCUCCUCAGGCAGUACACCGCUACUGCCAUCAACACGGCCGUGCACUUCAACCACCUGUUCUCCCUCAGCGGCUACCAGUGGAUCCUGCCCACCAUGCUGCAGGUGUAUGCAGACUAUGAGAGUAACCCUUUACUGCGCCAGGGCAUCGAGUUCUGCUGCCGACAGUUCUACAUCCUCCACCGCAAACCCUUCAUCCUGCAGCUCUUCGCCAGCGUCGCCCCCCUGCUGGAGUUCACCACCAGCACCAGCACAGGCCUGUCCAAAGGUGUGUCCGCCCAGUGUCUGUUCGACCUGCUGGUGUCUCUGGAAGGGGAGACUCAAGACGCUCUGGACGCCCUGGAGCUCGUCAAAGCUGAGAAACCACUGCGAUCUUUAGAUUUCUGUUACGGGAAUGAGGACCUGGCCUUCUCCAUCAGUGAGGCCAUCAACUGCGUCACAGUUGUCGCUUACGCCCCAGAGUCUUUCAGAAGUCUGCAGAUGCUGAUGGUGCUGGAGGCCCUGGUCCCCUGUUUCCUGCAGAAGUUAAAGAGCAACACAGUGACCAUGGAGUCUGCGUCUGCCGCCAGAGACGAGAUCGCUGCUAUCGCCGCUCUGGCCACGUCCCUACAGGCUCUGCUCUACAGCUCGGAGACACUCACACGGCCCAUGACCGCUCCUCAAAUGUCCCGCUGUGACCAGGGACACAAGGGAGGGACAACAGCCAACCACGCCAUGUCAGGAGGCGUCAAUACCAGGGACAACCUGCACCUGCUGGAGGAGGGUCAGGGCAUGCCCCGAGAGGAGCUGGACGAGCGCAUCGCCAGGGAGGAGUUCCGUCGUCCCCGAGAGUCCCUCCUGAACAUCUGCACCGAGUUCUACAAACACUGUGGUCCCAGACUCAAGAUCCUGCAAAACGUGGCCGGAGAGCCCAGGGUCACUGCACUGGAGCUGCUGGACAUCAAGUCUCACAUGAGACUGGCAGAGAUCGCCCACGCCCUGCUGAAGCUCGCCCCAUAUGACACCCUGACCAUGGAGAGCCGGGGUCUGCGCCGCUACAUCAUGGAGAUGCUGCCCAUCACAGACUGGUCUUCUGAGGCUGUGCGGCCCGCCCUCAUCCUCAUCCUCAAGAGGCUGGACCGCAUGUUCAACAAGAUCCACAAGAUGCCCACGCUCAGGUGCGCGCGCCCGCAGGCUCUGUGCACCAGGAGACAGGUGGAGUGGGAGGCGGCCAGUAACCUGAUAGAAGGAAUCUGCCUGACCCUGCAGCGACAGCCAAUCAUCUCCUUCCUCCCUCACCUCCGCUCGCUCAUCAACGUCUGUGUCAAUCUGGUGAUGGGUGUGGUGGGGCCCUCCAGUGUAGCAGACGGCCUCCCUCUGCUCCACCUCAGCCCCUACCUCUCCCCCCCUCUGCCCUUCAGCACUGCCGUGGUGCGCCUGGUGGCUCUGCAAAUACAGGCUUUGAAAGAUGACUUUCCUCUCAGUCAUGUGAUCUCCCCUUUCACCAAUCAAGAGCGGCGGGAGGGCAUGCUGCUCAAUCUGCUCAUUCCCUUUGUGCUGACUGUGGGCUCUGGAAGCAAAGACAGCCCACAUCUCGAGCCUCCUGAGAUCUUCCUGCUCCUUCAGACAGUCAUUAACAUUCUACUACCUCCUCGGAUCAUCUCCACGUCUCGCACUAAAAACUUCAUGUUGGACGCCUCCCCAGCUCACUGCUCCACGCCAGGAGACACGGGCAAGGACCUGAGGAGAGAGGGGCUAGCCGAGUCCACGAGCCAGGCCGCUUAUCUCGCCCUGAAGGUGGUGCUGGUGUGCUUUGAGCGCUCCUUGGGUAACCAGUGGUACCGCCUGAGUCUCCAGGUCAAAGAGAUGGCCCUGAGGAAAGUGGGCGGUCUGGCCUUCUGGGACUUCAUCGACUUCAUCGUCCGCACGCGCAUCCCCAUCUUCGUCCUGCUCAGACCCUUCAUACAGUGCAAGUUGUUGACCCAGCCAGCGGACUCCCAGGAGGAGAUCACGGCGCGGCAUCACAUCGCCGACCAGCUGGAGCGGCGCUUCAUCCCCCGCCCCCUCUGUAAGAGCUCCCUGUUCGCUGAGUUCAACAACGAGCUCAAGAUCCUGAAAGAGGCUGUGCACAGUGGAUCUGCGUACCAGGGGAAGACCUCCAUCAGCACGGUGGGCACCUCCACCUCAGCGUACCGCCUGAGCCUGGCCACCAUGUCUCGCUCCAACACAGGCACAGGGACAGUGUGGGAGCAGGACAGCCAGCCCUCCAGACAACCAUCCCAGGACACGCUGAGCCGUACCGACGAGGACGACGAAGAGAACGACUCCAUGAGCAUCCCCAGUGUGGUGAGUGAACACGAGGCCUUCCUCCCCAGGACCAUGUCCCAGCGCCGCUUCUCCAGCCACGCCACAGGCUCCACCUCCUCUCAGGCUGAAGCCCACCGCAGCACCAUGCUGCCCAGCCACAGUGAACCCAAUGUGCUAGAUGAGUCCCAGGCCCUCCUGCAGGACAGUAACCUCUCUAGGGUGGCCAGUGUGCAGAGCGAACCGGGCCAACAGAACCUACUCAUCCAACCUCCACUGGGGAGAAAGAGAGGACUCCGACAGUUACGGCGCCCUCUGCUGUCCAUUCCAAAGACUGAGCCCCGUGGACGGUCAGGAGCACGACUGUCGACGACACGCCGGAGCAUCCAGCCCAAGAACAAACCUCUGGAGACUUUAUUGGACUAUGAAGAACAAAAAGACCAAAAGAGAUCCGUCACCUUCACAGAGACCCAGGGAGCGGCGGGGACGCCCGGCGCGGCGGACACCCCGGGCGAGGCGCGCAGGUCCAGCCCGGCCUCUCUGAAGUCCCCCACUCUAGAGGUGCCCACCGCCAUGUCCACGGUGACGGCCGACCUGCACCGACCUGCCCCCCCACAGGUGGCCCCCAGCAUCAGCAGUAAGGAGAAGCGUGAACAGUGGGGCCUCCGGAGCAGCCUGUCCCCCCCGCCCUCCAUCUCCCGACCCUCCACGCCCACCCCGCCCUCCCGCAACUGCUCGCCCCUGCCCCUGUCGCGCACUUGCUCGCCCCCCCUCUCGCGCACCUCCUCGCCCCUCCCUCCCCCUCUGCCGGUCCUGAGCGCCGCGCCCGCCCCCGGCCCCCCUCCGCCGCCGCCCCUGCCCCCGCCCAUGGGACCCCCGGUGAGGGAGAGCCCCGGGGAGGAGGACACGGCCGCCCUGCUCCCGCGCUCCGACACCCUGCAGCACCUGGGGGAGGAGGGGGGCACGGAGAACCCCCUGCUCGCCCCGCUGCUGUCGCCCCCCUCGCCCAGGCGCUCCCCCCGCCGACUGCCCCUGCCCCUCUCCCCCGUGGACCUGGACCUGGACGAGUCCCACGUUUGA